AUGCUUGAUGAAGAAGUUACCAGUUACAGUACCGUUCAGGAAAACGAAAGGGAACCACUGUCAUCGACAACCAGCUCCAUUGAAUCGCCACCUAUAAUAGAUAAUCCACUAGUAGAACAAACUACAAACCAGGAAAACAAUGCACAAAAAGAUGAAGAUUCGAAAAAGGAUUUGGAAGAUAAAAGACAGUUGAUCAAGAGUUUAUUAGCUGAUCAAGAUAUGCAAGAAGGUGAUGAAUGUAUUGUGAUUUCGAAACCAUAUCUUGAUUCAAUUUUUGAUACAGAAGCAACAUCACUUGAGGAUUUGCAAAGCAAAAUUGGUCCUGUUGAUUUUCAUGGGAUACUAGAUAGUUCAGGAAAUCUUUAUCCAGUGGAUAAUGAGCCGGUGCCAACGAUUGGUUUAUCAGUCAAUAUCUUUCAACACCUUUUGCUUUGGUUCGGUGCAUUGGGACAACCAAUUAGAAGAUGGUACAUUACCAACCUUCAAACUGAAGCAUUGGAAAUCGAAAGGUGGCCACCAAUGUUUUAUAUUCAUUACAUUGGUAAAAAGACGCAUCAGCCAACCUACUUUAGAAACGGAUAUUCUAGACACAAUCACCAUCAUCAUCAUCAUCAUCAUCAUCAUCAGAAUGAUGCAGAAAAUGAAGCCCCUUUUCCAAUAUCGAUUUCAAGAACCCAAACUUUUUCAUACCUACUUGGACUUAUCAAGGAUCAUGUCCUUAAAGCUCCCCGCAAAUCAAUUGACGAUUUUAGACUUUGGUUUGUAUCUGAUGUCAAGGAGAGUGAAAUGCCCUAUAUGAUUACCGCUUCAAAUUUUGUUUACAAAAUAGCCAGAAAGAAUGUGGUGCCCCCACACAUCUACGAUAGAACUUUGACAACAAAAGGCGUCAAUGAUAGUAUGUACCACUUGGUUGUCGAGUACAAGGAGAAAAGCAACCUCUCUUUUCCCAUUGAUGCAUUUGUUGAGUCACAUAUCAAUCAAAGCGACAACAAGGAAAAUGCUGGUGGCCACAUGGGUUUAUCCAAUCUAGGAAAUACUUGUUAUAUGAAUUCUGCGUUGCAAUGUUUGCUUCAUGUUCCAGAAAUUAAUCAGUACUUUUUCCACAACAUUUACCAAAAGGAGUUGAACGCAGACAAUCCGCUUGGAUAUAAUGGAGAUGUUGCCAAUGCUUUUGGAUCCUUGUUGAAGCAAGCUUUUGACCCAGCAAAGACUUCAUCAAGUAUAUCGCCGCGUGAUUUCAAACACACCAUUGGAAGGUACAGUUCCAUGUUUUCUGGAUACCUUCAACAGGAUUCACAAGAGUUGUUGAGCUGGUUGUUGGAUGCAUUGCAUGAAGAUUUGAAUCGUAUUCUCCAAAAGCCGUAUUGCGAAAAACCGGAAUUGAAAGAUGACGAGGUUGAUGACAAAGAUGCUAUAGCUAAGCUUUCGGAGACCUGUUGGAAUCAACACAAGCAAAGAAAUGACUCUGUUAUAACUGAUUUGUUUACCGGGUUGUACGAGUCGAUAUUGGUGUGCCCUGAUUGUGGCAAGACAUCAAUAACAUUUGACCCAUUCAACGACUUGACAUUACCAUUGCCUAUCAACAAGAAAUGGUACCAUACUUUUACCAUUGUGGAUUUAGCAGGGAACAAACUUGAAAGCAGGAUUAUGAGACUUGAAGUGGAGUUGAAAACUAGUUCCAAUUAUGAUGAUUUGAUCAACUACUUGUCUAGUUUUCUUAACAUCGACAAGGAUGAUCUAUUCUUGUAUGAAGUAUUUCAGCAUGGAAUAUAUGCUGAUUUCCAAAAGAAUCGAAUCAAAAAUAAGUUUUUACCAAUUACUGAAGUAAUCAAAGAUGGCGAUGAUGUGGUUGUUUACAUUAUUCCCCACGAUCGGGAGAAUGAGGUGGUUGUGCCUGUUUUCAAUGUGGUGGAGAAUGAUGACUCGCUGUAUCGAAUGGAAAAUUAUUUUGGUAUUCCUUUGUUUAUCACUCUUGCAAAAGAUCAACUCAAUAGUUUUGGUUGUAUUCGACAAAAGUUGUUGGAGGCGGCAUCUGUUUUGACAACUAUUGAUCUUGUUAGUGAAUAUGAGGUAGUUAAGCAGAGCCUGCAAGGUUACACUGCAAAGAAAUAUUACAACAAACUGGACUUCCCAUCAAUUGAGAGUGAAGCUGAUAACAAGGAGGAAAACGUUUAUGAUAGUGAUGUUUCAUUAGCCAACCCUUACGUUGAUGGUGAUUUUGGGUUCAAGAUCAAAUAUAUUUAUGAUACAGCCCAUGAAUUGCCAAGCAGUCAAAGGCCUCGUUUUAGUUUUAGUUCUCACAACAGUCUUGCAACAACCACCACGAUUCAUGUUCCAUUGCACAAACCAGCAAUAAGCAAUUACAGGUUUUUGUCUGACCAGUUGCCACCAUUGAAAAAGAUGUAUUAUCAUUCGCAGAGGAGUAUACGAGAGAAGCCUACGGAGGAGCCAAUACAAGACGAUGGUCAAGACGAUGAUGAUGGAAAAAGGAUGGAUGACGUACGUGACGAUGAAACGAGGUCGGAUGGGUUUUUGGUGCUGCGUUCCAAUACGCCUCAGGUUAUUCCGUUGGGAAGGGACGAAUGGAGUGAUUCAAACGAUGCUGUUAUUGUUGUUGAUGGAGUCAAGCUGGAACUGGUUCUGGAUGCUGGCGAACCAUUUGAACAAGAUUCACGUCCAAUGUUACCACCACGUAAUCAACAAUAUUCUCAUCUUACCUUGUCUGAUACUGAAAGUGAAGGAAUGUUUGGCUCAAGCUCGUUUAUUCCCCCUCAAGGUGGGCCAGAUUCCACAAAACCAUCAAAUGUAAACUCGCCAUUGGAAACAAACUUUGCAACGGAAGAGGCAGGGGAAGAACAUAAAACAUUGGUUUGCAAGAACUCGGUGUUAUUGUGCGAUUGGGAUAAGGAGAUUUAUGCAAAAUUGUUUGGCGACGCUUCAUUAACCACAUGGGAUUCCCCACCGCAACUAGUCAAUCAACAAUUGGCAGAGAACAAAGCUAAAUUCGAACGUCAGCGGAAGAGUAAAAUUAGCUUGGCAGAUUGUUUAAAGAGUUUUAGCACACCAGAAGUUCUUGGUGAGCAUGAUUUGUGGUAUUGUCCUAGUUGUAAGGAUCACAAACGGGCUACAAAGUCGAUACAAAUUUGGUCAACAGGCGAUAUUUUGACAAUACAUUUGAAAAGGUUCCAUAGCGCUCGAGCAUUUAGUGACAAGAUUGAUGUUGUUGUUGAUUUCCCUAUUGAGGGAUUGGAUAUUGGGCCAUAUGUUGCUAACCCACAGGAAAAGGAUUGCAUUUAUGAUUUGAUUGCCGUUGAUAAUCAUUAUGGAGGAUUGGGUGGUGGUCAUUAUACAGCAUCGGUGAAGAAUUUCAAGGAUGAUAAAUGGUACUAUUUUAAUGAUAGUAGAGUCACGGAGAUCAACAAUCCAGAGGAGCUUGUGUCAAGUGCUGCUUAUUUGCUUUUUUAUCGCAGGAGAAGACCUGUUAAUGAGCCAUUAGGUGGUGAUAGUUUACACGAGAUUCUCAAACAGGGAGAAGAAGAGUACAAGUCGAAGGCUAUUGAAAAGCAGAAGGCAUUAGCUGAUCUGAAGUAUCAAGUUAAACAGUAUUAUGCCGCUUUGGAAUUCAGGCAAACCGAAAUCGAGUAUGCAAAUCAAAUGUCCAAUAGGGAAGAACACAAGAGUAGCAGCGAGAGGGAGGAGGAGGUAGUGGAGGAAGAGGAGGAAGAAGAUCACGAGGAUGUGGGAAGAGCUAGAAGGCAACGCGUUUUGCUGAAAGAUGAAGGUGCGUGCUCUCUACGUCACAGCAAUAGUAAACGGCAAAAGAUGAAUUCAUCUCCUGCUGAGGAUGCUGAUAUACUGUCUGAGAACUCGGAGAAUUCAAACGUGGAUGCAUCUGAGCAAAAACCGCUUGAUCAAAGUGAUGGAGUUGAGCCUCAAGAGGUGACUGAAAAUAAUGUAGAUGUGAUAUAA